GUGUUUUAUCCACGCCGACCAUCCGUUUUUCCAGCACGAUCUCAAGAUUUAAAUAAGUCAAAAGCUCAACUGGACCACACCACAGGAAACAGUGGUGAUUGAACGCCCACCGUUGAAAACUUCUUAGGGGCCACAGAGUUUUUGAAUUAAGCUGAUCUUUUGGUUUUCCCUUCAUCAAGGUCUAUGUGACCUUAUCAACAAGUUGGAUGCCCCAGGAAGGUUUCAACGGUGGGUGUUAUUUUCUCCACUGUUUCCUGUGGUUUGGUCCACUUGAGCUUAGGAUCUGCUUCAUUUUUGUGCUCAUGCCCUAAAAUGAGCUGGAAAAACGGAUGGACGGCGUGGAUAUAAGACAUAUACAUCACGGUGGGCCCCACAGCGCCCAAAUCUGGUUGGUGUUGGGGUCACCACCCAACCCGCUUCCGUCUCACUUGUUGCGCAGAGAGAGAGAGAGAGAUGGGAGAGGUUGGUGCUGUGCCAUUCCUUCCUUUCCGACAAGGCUUCCUCUUUUCUUCUUCUUCUAGAAGAGGUACAGGUACAAGUGCAAAAGAGAGAGUGGGGAAGCGAUGGCAAAGGGUAGUGGUGACUGCCAAUUCUCAUCAUCUUCAGCGGCAGCAGAAUCCCUCGACCUUCUCUUCCACCAUCUCCACUGAUAUCCCCCUCUCCGAAUCCCCUCCAGGAGCAUCAUUCGAUGAGUACCUCAGCAAUCGAGCCCGUGUUUUCCAAGCAAUGUUUCCAGACAAACACAGAAGCCAGAGGUUGAAUAAUGAGGAAUGGAGAAUACAGAUGCUUCCGCUGGAUUUCCUCUUCCUGUCGGUGAGGCCUGUAAUUGACAUGCGGUUGAGAUGCAAAUCAGAAGGGAAGGAUUACCCACCUGGAGUUCCCCCCCGUGUCACGAGGGUUCUUGAGCUUCAAGCUAUCAAAUGGGAGCUUCAAGGUCUGGAGAAUGUUCUCAAGCCUUCUCAUUUUGCACUGUGUGUGAAAGGUGCCCUGUACUCAGACAGGCGAGGUAUCCAUAGCCGUCUCCGAGGUCAAUUGGAGAUGAGCAUCAGCUGCAUUCUCCCUCCGGCUCUCUCUUUAAUCCCAGAAGAUGUUCUCAAAGGCGUUUCAGAAUCGGUGUUGAGGAGAUUGGUAGAGCGCAUGAAGCAAAAAGUGAAUGAAAGCUUGCUUUCAGAUUUCAGGGAGUUCAGGAGGGAGAGUCUCAAGAUACAGGGGAGAAGAUAGCAAUCCAAUCUCCCAAAAUCUCCAAAGAAAAAAAAUGAAGUGCACAAUCUUAGUGACAUCAACAAGCGGAGAGAUGGGGAGGGAGAUAAUUGUACAUCAUGGGUAAUUGGAAUGUAAUUAUUGCAUGCAUACAAAUCAACUGUUCUACUACCUAGCACGAGAAUAUUUACAUUCCCUGUUUCUCCUUCA